AUGGCCUCCAGUACACGCUUGUCAUACAAUUGUUUUGAUGGACACAAUUUACCGAAUCCUCCUGCAACACCACCACCAACUGCUACAGCACCAUUACCAGCACCAUUACCAGCACCAUUACCAGCACCAUUACCAGCACCAUUACCAGCACCAUUACCAGCACCAUUACCAGCACCAUUACCAGCACCAUUACCAGCACCACUACCAGCACCAYUACCAGCACCAUUACCAGCACCAUUACCAGCACCAUUACCAGCACCAUUACCAGCACCAUUACCAGCACCAUUACCAGCACCAUUACCAGCACCAUUACCAGCACCAUUACCAGCACCAUUACCAGCACCAUUACCAGCACCAUUACCAGCACCAUUACCAGCAGCUACAGCAGCAGUAGCUAAAGCAGCAGCUACAGCACCACUAUCAUCAACACUAUCAUCAGCAUCACUAUCAGCAUCACUAUCAGCAUCACUAUCAGCAUCACUACCAGAACCACUACCAGAACCACUACCAGUAUUACUACCAACAUCACUACCAGAGUUUAGUCCUACACAUGCAAUCAAUGGACAUGGUUUACUUCCACAUGAUUUGUGUUGACCAUAACUAUAAUCGCAACUAUAACCAUUACAACAUGGUUUAUCAUCAUCAUUGCACGCUUCAUUCAUCUUUCCGCACGUACUUGUAUUGACACAUUUGCCUAAUUGGCAAUAACACGCGUCACACUCGUAGCCAGGGGCACAUUUUUUAUCGCCACCGAAUCCACCAAUACAUUUAGCACCGGCACCACCACCACCUCCACCAACAUUAACAGCACUAUUGAUUGAGUUCUGGAUAGUCAACAAACAUUGAUUGAAAAUUAAAAUACAAACAAUCAAUUUAAAUAAUACGACCAUGAUGAAUUUUUUAGAAAUAAUUAUUUUUAAAUUAUUUUAAAUACAACAAUUUACUAAAUAAAAUUGAAAGUUUGUAUUAUAUACUUUUGUUAAUUAUGUUAACUUCCACGUAAUAGUAUA